AUUUUAUAUAUAAUUGAGAGACAAUCGCUCUUUACCUUCACCCAAGAUCUCAUCAUCAUUGCACUACAUCAAAUCACAGCCAGAAAGAAAAAGAAGAAGCAAUUUCUAUACAUCCUCACAAUGACAUCUCGAACAAAAAACUCCAAUCUUCUAAUCUCCCUAGUCGACGCAUACAGCAAAGAAGAGCCACCCCGUGUCUGGGCCAUGCUCCCAAACGACGAUGACGAUUUAUCCAGGGGAUUCAGGGACGUGACUUAUAGACAGCUUUCUAAUGCUGUUAACCAUGCUGCUCAUUGGCUUCUGCAGAGUCUCCCACCGGCCGUUGAGCCCUUCGGGACCGUAGCGUAUGUUGGACCGAAGGAUAUCCGACAUUCUAUUGUUGCGCUUGCAGUGGGGAAGCUCAGAAGGAAAGUAUUGCUUCCUUCGCCUUUUGCGUCUACGAAGGCAAAGUCUCAUUUAUUGGGACUUUCGAAAGCAGAUGUUCUUCUCUACGGUGAUUCUUCUUUCAAAGAAGGCGUUGAAGCUACUGUAGCAGGUGUGGAGGGCUCGAAGCCUGCUCUUAUCAAACUACCGGGGUUGCCAACUUUCCUUACGGAUGACAUUGCAGAGCACAUCCCUUAUACGAGAACGUGGGAUGAAGUAAAGUUGGAGCCUUGGAUUAUUCUCCAUACUUCAGGAACGACAGGCCUGCCCAAGCUCGUCCCAUACACACACCAGAUGUUGGCUGCUCUCGACACGGCAAAGUUCAUGCCUGAUGCGAACGAAGAUAAUAUUCUCACACACUUUGCAAACAGAAGAUGGUACACUCCCCUUCCAACACUCCACGUGGUCGGCAUGCUACUUUCCCUCCAAGUAACAAUCUACCACAAUGCCAUCCUCGUCGCCGGUCCUUCCGGCACAGGCGGCCAAGCAACUCCUCAAACCGCUCUCUCAGUUCUCAAACACGCAAAAGUUCAAGGCGCGCUUCUUCCCCCCUCACUGAUCGACAGUCUCGUCGCAACUCCCUCAGGUCUGGACGCGCUACGCGAUCUCGAAUAUCUCUACUUUGCAGGCGCACCCAUGAAGCCCUCCACAGCCCACACACUCAUCAACGAAAACAACGUCACGCUCAAACCCGGCAUGGGCUCCACCGAAGCUGGACUCUACUGGAUGCACGACACUGACGAAUGGGAGUACUAUUCUUUCCGACCAGCUAUGGGAAUCGAGUUCCGCAAAAGGACAGCAGAGUUGUAUGAAUUGGUGUUUGUGCGCCAACCAGAAUGGGAGAGAUAUCAGCUCGUUUUCCACAUUCAUGUCGAGUUGGCAGAGUUCCCUACGAAAGAUUUAUUCUCCCCUCAUCCGAACAAACCUGGGUUCUGGAAAUACGUAGGGCGCACGGACGAUAUGAUCGUUUUCUCGCACGGCGAGGAUCUUUAUGCCGCGGGUGUGGAAAAGGUCAUUUCCUCUUGUCAAGCGGUAAAAGGCGUGCUUGUAGGCGGGCAAGGACGAGCGAAGCCCUUCUUACUAGUAGAGUGGAUCCCAGAAGUUGGGGAUGAGGAGAAGACGUUGGAGAGGUUGUGGCCGUUUGUGGAGAAAGCGAAUGGGGAUUGUUCUCCGCUGGUGAGGUUGACGAAGGAUUUGUGCUUUUCUGUUCAAGGAGGAAAGGAGUUUGUGAGGACUAUUAAAGGGACUGUUGCAAGGAGGGAGACGGAGGAUGCUUUUGCGGAGGAGAUAGAGAGGCUUUAUGCGGAUGAUAGUUAAGUUGAAGUAGCGGUCAUGAUGGGUUACUUCCAUAUUUUCCCUUGUAUUUUUGGUCUUUCUUGGCCACUGUUUCUACCGUUUAUUUAUCUAUGCGAUGGUGAUUUUCAUAUUAUACUAUAUCGCUUGUAAUGCGUGAUUUAUUGCUGUCAACUACGUGCGGCGCGCAGCUUGUACGUCUUGGUAGCUCCAACGACAAAUAACAAAGCAGACAUUGAAGAAUCAAUUUCCAUGUCACGUAGAGUUGAACUUUGAACAGUUUUCUUGAUCUUGCCUGAAUCGUGCGUGAAUGCUGACAUACAAGGGUACCACGCGUAGACUGUGUGACCAAGUAAGUCUAGGGAGGGCAGGGCUAAGCUCUUCAGCCUUCACCCAAUGUCACGCUUUGUUUACAACACAACUUCCGACUAUUAACGUCCAAUCACACGCUCGCGCUUCU